AUGGAAGCAGAUAUCACCGUGGACGAUUGCAAAGAGCCGUUGGAACAGCUUGUCUGGCUGUGCCAACAUCUUGGCUCAAAAAGUAAAGUUCCAGGCUGGGUGGAACAUAGCAAAUAUCUUCAAAAUUUCAUCAAAACAGUCCGUAUCUCCAAGCUUUCAUCUUUGGACCAUGUUGCCCAUCAGAAAGAAUCCAUUCAAUUGAACCAAAGGCGGAUGCUCAAAAAUACUAGGAUCUUGACCAUCUAUAAAGCCAAGGAGGAGGGCCGACAAGAGCUCCUUGCAACACUCAGAGCUAUGGAGCCUGCUGCAAAGGCUGCUUUCUUGGCGACAGAAGCAUGA